AUGGUGACCCAACUCAACACCCUUGAAGGUCCAGAGUCAGAGAGUCAGAACAUCCGUCUGAGCUUUGCAGAGUUACUUGGCGACAAGUACCACUACGCGAAUGCCAUCGACAGCUCUCUACUCUGGACUGUUGGGUACACCCCCUACAUUCCCCCAGCUCUGAAAGGAAGAAGCUUCCCCUCUGUCAAGAGCUUCUUCCUGGAUGAGUGGGAGCCACUGACACUCCUGCAGAUUUCUCAGGUUCUGUCCACCAGUGUUUCCAUCGAGGAAGACAACCGGAUCCAUGUUACCAUUGUGGAGAAUGACCUGAUCCAGUCUGCUGCAGGCCUAGUGUCUCAGGUUCUGUCCACCAGUGUUUCCAUCGUGGAGAAUGACCUGAUCCAGUCUGCUGCAGGCCUAGUGUCUCAGGUUCUGUCUACCAGUGUUUCCAUCGAGGAAGACAACCUGAUCCAGUCUGCUGCAGGCCUAGUGUCUCAUGUUCUGUCCACCAGUGUUUCCAUCGUGGAGAAUGACCUGAUCCAGUCUGCUGCAGGCCUAGUGUCUCAGGUUCUGUCCACCAGUGUUUCCAUCGUGGAGAAUGACCUGAUCCAGUCUGCUGCAGGCCUAGUGUCUCAGGUUCUGUCUACCAGUGUUGCCAUCGUGGAGAAUGACCUGAUCCAGUCUGUUGCAGUCCUAGUGUCUCAGAUUCUGUCUGCCAGUGUUGCCAUCGUGGAGAAUGAACUGAUCCAGUCUGCUGCAGGCCCAGUGUCUCAGAUUCUGUCUGCCAGUGUUUCCAUCGUGGAGAAUGACCUGAUCCAGUCUGCUGCAGGCCUAGUAUCUCAGGUUCUGUCUACCAGUGUUACCGUUGUGGAAAACGACCUGAUCCAGUCUGACACAGGCCUAGUGUCUCAGGUUCUGUCCACCAGUGUUUCCAUCGUGGAGAAUGACCUGAUCCAGUCUGCUGCAGGCCUAGUAUCUCAGGUUCUGUCUACCAGUGUUACCGUUGUGGAAAACGACCUGAUCCAGUCUGCUACAAACCUAAUGUCUCAGGAUAAUGACUCCACACUGAGAGACUCCAACCAACCUGAGAUCCACGUGGAUGAUGUCUCAACCAAGAGAAGUAGACUUACCAUCACUAUUUCUAUGGUUUCAACCAAGAGUUGCCUUGUUGCUUUACAUGAUGUUGAUGCUAGUGCUACAAGCCUGGAGCAAUCUGCCGAGAAAAUGUCUACCUCUACUAAUGAUGUCAACGACAUCUCAACUGCGGCUGCCAAGAAGAAGAGGUGUAGAUUAUUCUCAUUUGUCUGGAGAGCUCUCUGGGGGAAGAACAAGAAGCCUCUAAGAUAAAGUGGCUUCCAAGAAAGAGGACGAAAUCAACAAGGAUGUGAGCAGCUUCACCUGCCACCACAACACUACACAGGGAGAUCACUGAUGCAGGCACCCACAAUGGUGUUUUAUCCCACUUUGUCUUCAUCCCCAAUCCCUUUCCCCCACCCCACCCCACCCGUUUUAUCUUCAGUAAACCUUUUGUCAUUGCAUUUGAUUGUGCUUUGUCUUUCAUUGGGAUCACUGUCAUUGAAAAGGGAAGGGGUUUCGUAGUUCAACUGCUUGUCAAUAAAUCACUGGUUAACUUCAAAUUGAGACAACCGAGGCAAAGACGUUGUUGCUAAUGUGAUCAGUUAUAUCCACAUUUUCCGGAGAAUAACAGGCAUUCUCGUUCAGGGCCUCAAGAUGGAGUAGUAAGCACAAUUAUAAUGGUUCCCCUCAUAAUGAUGCUUUUAUCAGCUGUUGUAUAUGGGGAUGUUCCCAUAUUAGGAAUUCCUGUGGGAGAUUAAUACCGGGGAAUAAGUAUGAUAAUUGGACAUGGAUUGUCUCUGGCUACUGAGGAUUUCCAUCAUAUGAUUGUAGCCUAGGUUAUGAUUCUGUUAUGAUGAGGUUUACAAUGCAAGUUGUCUCCUUAGACAUGACCGAUUCAUGGUAUUGAAAUCUAUUACACCACAUUGAUGCAUCAUGAAAUAACCCAUGGGUGUAGGAGUUUAACCACAGGCUUAAUGUAGCCAAGGUGUUCAUGUAAUGCAAGUGUGUUUUCUGUUUGUUAUUUGUGAGCUAUUGCCAGAUUAAUAUAUAUAACAGAUGAUAUGACAUGGCUAUAGUUUAUGUUUUCCCUCAUUUUUCAAACCACCACCAACAAACACCAACCCUGUUCUCAAUUAAAUGCACUAUUCCAUUCAAUUUCUGAGGGCUCUUCUACAAAACAAUGUUAUGAGAAUGAAACCUGAAACCAAUAGCCAUCUCCAUGAUUUAGGUUACAGCAAGAGGCUAAAAAUAUCCAGUUCAGACUGGUAGUAGUCACGACCUAAAUUAUGACAGAAUUCUGCACCACUGAUAGUUGACGUCAAUACAGUACAGUCACUUCCUCGGUGACGUAAUCGAACGAACUCGGUCGGUAGCAU